AGUUAAGAAGAGUUUUAUGGGCCAAAAUAAAUCUUUCUUUGGUCCUUUGGAGCUGGUGGAGAAACUUUGUCCAGAUGCGUCAGAUUUAGCUACUAGUGUCAGAAAUCUGCCAGAAUUAAAGACAGCGGUGGGAAGGGGCCGAGCUUGGCUCUACCUUGCACUGAUGCAAAAGAAGCUGGCCGACUACCUGAAAGUGCUUGUGGACAACAAAUCUCUCCUAAGCGAGUUCUACGACCCUGAGGCCUUAAUGAUGGAAGAAGAAGGGAUGGUGAUGGUCGGUCUGCUGGUGGGCCUCAACGUUCUUGAUGCCAAUCUCUGCUUAAAGGGAGAAGAUUUGGAUUCUCAGGUUGGAAUAAUCGACUUUUCCCUUUACCUGAAGGACGUGCAGGACCUUGAUGGUGGCAAGGACUGCACCGUUGGGGAUCUUCAAAGCAAGGUUGACAGCUUAGAAAAGACGAAUUCAAAGCUUCAGGAAGAGCUUUCAGCUGCCACGGACCGAAUUUGCUCACUUCAAGAGGAGCAGCAGCAAUUAAGAGAGCAGAAUGAGCUGAUUCGAGAAAGAAGCGAGAAGAGCGUAGAGAUAACAAAGCAGGACACCAAAGUGGAAUUGGAGACUUACAAGCAAACCCGGCAAGGUCUGGACGAGAUGUACAGUGAUGUGUGGAGACAGCUGAAGGAGGAGAAGAGGGUCCGGCUGGAACUGGAGAAAGAACUGGAGCUACAAGUGGGGAUGAAAGCCGAGAUGGAAAUCGCCAUGAAGCUGCUGGAAAAGGAUACCCACGAGAAGCAGGACUCCCUGGCCGCCCUCCGCCAGCAGCUGGAGGAAGUGAAAGCGAUCAACUUACAGAUGUUCCACAAGGUUCAGAGUGUGGAGAGCAGCUUGCAGCAGAAGGACGAUGCCAUCACAUCCUUUGAAGAGAAAACCAGCCAGGUCAUGGCCAGCAUGAAGCAGAUGGAAGAAAGGUGGCAGCAGGCCGAGCGGGCGCGGCAGGGUGCGGAGGAGCGGGGAAGCAAAACGCUGUCCAGGGCCCCCAGGAAGCUGCAAUAUGCGGGAGCCGUGACAGGAGGCACGGCCGAGGGGGCUGCCUGCCUUGCCAG